AUGAAAUCGUCUAGGUUCCUCUUAAGAUUUUUUGUGGUGUUGAAGCUCACCCCUCCCGACGCAGUCAAGGCCGCGCAUUACAUCCAACAGCUCGACGAUGCCCGUUGCGACGAGAAUUGGGAUGCCGUUCCUGAGUUAAUCCGCAAAGUGCGGAAGCACGCCCCGGACCGGUCCUGCCUCACCCUGACCGCCGAAAUCGAACACGCCAUCGCCAAAGCGAACCUCAAGCCGACCCCCACCGCCCGAGCCACCUCCGCCGACAGCACCGCCCGCUCGUCUACAGGCUCGACCACACCCGCCGGCCUCGAAGCAGCAAACCACCUCCCCUCCCUCCUCACCGCGAUCGACGCCGAGUCCCACCGGCCCGAGGACCGUUUCCAAGCCCGCGUCUGCGCAGGCUGGCUGCUCUGGGUACUACGCGAAUACCCCGCCGCACUCGCCCGCCUACCACGCACGCUCCUCGAAACCGAACCCUCUCCCGAAGAAGGCGGCGGCGGCGACAACAACACCACCAACGACAGCGGCCUCCCCGGCAGCCCAUCCGAAUGGACCAAAGUAUGCGGUCUCAAAGCGGCCUAUCUCCGCGCCAACUGCCUCGCGCGGGACGGGCAGCGCGAGGGGGCGCUGGACGCCUUCGAGGCGGCGCUGCCCGCGCUGGCGGCCGUGUGGGCGGCGGGGCCGGCCGACGCGCGCCAGCAGACGCGCUACUGGGCCGAGCUCUUCCUGACCGAGUACUGCAUGCUCGCCGCGCAGGCCCUGCGCGAGGGCGUGCGCUCGCUGCACGGGCCCGAUUCGUUGGGCUGUUUUCGCACCUGGGCGCGCUACUGGUCGGCGGUGGGGAAGGGCGGGCCGCCCGCGCCCGGGGGUUAUGGCUUUCGCGGGUCGGUGCCGCGGCGCAAGGUGUGGGGGGAGUAUUAUUUUGCCGUGUCGGAGGUUUUGCAGGGGGAUUUGCCGUUCCCGACGGGAUAUUCGACUGUGGUGAGCGGUGGGGAGAAUUCGGCACGGGGCCGGCUGCGGGCGGAGCUGAAGCAGGUGGAGGCGGCGUAUCAGGGGCUGUUGUACGGCGAGACGAAGUUCCCUAGGGCGGACGAGGAGCGGCAAGAGGUGGAGGAGUUUGUGCGGCGGAUGAUGCAGAACUGGGAGAUCCUCAAUGGGCGGGGGUGGAAGGAGCAUGAGUUGGGUGCUGGCGGGAGGGAGGGGCUAUGUCGGGACACGUUGGAGAGCCUGUAUGGCGCCGCGGCGAAGACGUACCACUCGACGGCGGUCUUGAGGCACCUGUUUACCGUACACCUCGCCGUGGCCGAGUUCGACCUGGCUUUCAUGGCGUUCGACUCGUGGCUUGAGCUGGUCAAGAAGGGCAAGGCGCGGGUGGAAAAGACGGGCCACCGUGAGCCUGCCCUGGAUAGCAACGCGACCGUGUUGGAAACUAUCUCGACUGGCAUCGCGGCUCUGUGCCGGUUCGGUAGUCGGGAGGCCGCGGAAAAGGCACACAAGCUGGGAGAGGAGCUCGAAGACUUGGUCGAGGGAGAGGAACGCCGUGAUUCGGAUACGACCAAUCCAGACGACGAAGUUCCGCCGAAUAUUCUGGCCGUGGCGUGGCAGUCGGUUGGCCUGGCGCAGGCCGAGUGGGCGCGGAUGACGUGCGACCCCGAGUCUCGCUCCACGGUCCAGGAAAAGGCGAUGCAGUGCCUGGGGAGGUCAUUGUCGCCCCGUUUCGGCCAAGCCGUCGACGCCCGGGGCGUGUUUGCUCUGGGCGUGCUAUUCGCCGAGCAGCGCAAGCUGUCGGCCUCCAUUGAGCUGGUCAAGACGGCGCUUCUUACCGAGAAGUCUCUCAGCACAAGUCAGGAGCUGCGUCUAGGGCCAUAUUGGCGGGAACGGUCGCUGAUCCCCCUCUGGCAUCUUCUGGCGCUCAUGCUUAGUGCCCGGCAGGAGUAUGUCAUGGCUGCCAGGGCCUGCGAGGGCGCUAUCGAGCAGUUCAAGGAUCCGCACGUGUUGUUUGGGAGCAGACACCUGGACGGUGGCGUCCGGAGCGAGCAUCUUAAGGAGGCCGGGAUCAAGGACAAAUCGGGCGAUGGCCUCGUGGACGAGAUGGACGACUACGAAAAGGAGAGCAUUCUGCAGAUUAAGAUGACGCAGCUUGCCAUCCUGGAGGUGAUUGAAGGCCCUGCUGUCGCCGUCAACGCUAGCACGGAGCUGCUCACUCUAUUCCCACGGCUAUUUGGCGACCUGGAACAAAAGGUUGAACUCUCCAAAGCCGAGCCGCCCAAGACAUCUGCCACACUACGCAGCUUCAGAGGUAGUGUCUUCGGCGGCAAGCACGAAAAGGCCCAACCGAGGCAAAGCGUCGUGAACAACAACGAGAAAGUAGCGACGGUACAGCCCCGGCCGCAGACCACACAAACAACCCAAAGCGCCGCAACCACAGUCCAAUCAUCCAGCGACGCAGCCGACCCGUACUCAAGCCGGAGAUCGACUAAGUCGGCCAAGUCGGAUGACAUCAAGCGCACCCGCAACAGCUUGCGCAAACGCGAUCGCAGCGGCAGUCGGGCUCGCGCACUCAGCACGGGGGGUCCGCCAGUGCCCCCGAUCGACGGCGACAAAUAUUUUGCCGCUUUCGACGAGCGGGGCCUGCCCAACUACUUCCCCCCUAAGCAAACAGUGGAACCCCCCAGGGAAGCCUCUGGUAGGUCCUCAUCCCGUUCGAGGACAGAGGCGGCGGCCGGACAGGUGACUCCGGCCUUCUCGCCGCUGCUGCCGUUCGUCCAGUUCUCGCCCGACCAUAGCCGGCGACGGAGGAAGGCGAUCCUAGUGAAGGUGUGGUUGGUAAUCGCAGGGUUCUAUCGCCGCGCUGGACUGCUCGAUGACGCGAGCAAAGCGGCUGCUGAGGCGCAGAGUGCUGCGCAGGGCCUCGAGGCGGACGUGGUGAACGAGGCCUCGGUGGCGUUGUCGGUGCGGCAGGUUGGCUGGGGGAUGGAGAAGAGCGCCGAGGAGGUCCUCGCGGAUGUUUGGGCUGAGAAAGGGGAGCUCUCCCUUGCCCGCGAGCGGCCAUACCAGGCGCGCGCCGACUUUGAGACGGCGCUGACGCACUUCCCCGAUCACCCCGGUGCCAUUGUCGGGCUCUCUAACAUUCUCUUGGAUAUCUACACAGAAAAGCUGCUCCCGCCGCCAGCCGUGCCGGGGCUGGACCUCGGCAAGCUGUCUCUCGGUGGCGACAGUAUCUUUACCUCCACGCCCGACACAAACAAUUAUCUCGCAACCCGCAGCAAAGAGACACAGACAACCCCCGCGCUACCAUCCGCGCCCCUCGGCCUAGGACCAACGCGGCCCAAGCCCAAGCCCCAACCCGCCGAGGUCCUCGUCAACGGCCGCCCCAUAUCCCCCCCAGGCGCGGCGGCGGCCCCAUCACCAUCGUCAUCGCUCCUCGGCGCGCCGCUGCCGCCGCCGCACAAGGCGACGUCGCUGCCGCUCAACGACCGGCUGGCGGCGCGCGACCGCGCCUACGGCCUGCUCUCGGCCCUGACCAAGCUGGGCAGCGGGUGGGGCUGCUCCGAGGCGUGGUUUGCGCUGGCGCGCGCGUACGAGGAGAGCGGCCAGCUGGACAAGGCGCGGAAUGCGCUGUGGUGGACCGUGGAGCUGGAGGAUGGGCGCGGGGUGCUGGGGUGGGAGGUGGUGGGGAGUGGGUAUGUGUUGUAG